AUCGUUCUAUAAAUAUUUAUCGCUAAUUAAAGACGCUCUAGUUAAUUAGACUCUGAUCACCAACACGUACACAGGUGUUAAAAAUGGAAGACGAAGAAUUGGAGAAACUCAAAGAUCUUGAAAUAUCAAAAGAUCAGCUGAAACUACUGAAACAGAUUUUCGAUUCGUUCGAUAUGGAAAAAAAGGGCGAAAUUGGUGUUGACAUGAUUGGGCAAAUUCUAGACAUGUUGGGGCAUCAGUUAUCAGCGGAAGAACUACAGGGUAUUAUUUCCGAAAUUGAUGCCGAUGGUAACGGUGUCAUGAGUUUCGAAGAGUUUGCACAUUUAGCUGCAAGAUUUGUGGUGGAGGAGGAGGAAGACACUGAGGCUAUUUUACGAGAAUUAAAAGACGCGUUUAGGCUUUACGAUAAGAGUGGAUUAGGGUACAUUUCAGUGGAUUUGUUACGAGAAAUUUUGAAGGAACUGGACGAGAAGCUAACGCCAGCAGAUUUGGAACAAAUGAUUGAGGAAAUUGAUACUGACGGUUCCGGAACGGUCGAUUGGGAAGAAUUCAAGGCGAUGAUGAUCGGCUAAUACAUUGUGUUCCCAAAUUAUCACCAUUAUUAGGAAACAGUGAAUUUCGAACACAAUUUAAUUUCGUCCUGUCAUUGUGCCAGAAUUUCUAUUAUAAGAAUGACAUUAUUGUAUAGCGUAAUAAGGGCAAAUUGUAUUGUCUUGUAAUCACAUAUUUAAUAGAAUUUAAUAGAAUAAGUAAAUAUUUAUAUUUGUAAAAAUAUAACAAUAAAAAUUAUUCAAUUCAUU